GCUCGAGAGUCGAGUCCGCCAGUGUGACAUGUAACGUAACCGGCGUCGGGCGCGUCACAUCAUGAGCUGGGCGUAGUCUGGCCUGCCCGUUUCAUUCAAUAUCUGUAACACGAAUACUUUAAUGAGCACGUGCCUUUAAUUAAAAUAAUGACCGUAAAUUACUAAUAAAAUGUACAUGCAAGACCAAGACACCUUCACUGUAAAGCAGGAAGAAGAGUUCAGCAGACCAGUCGAGUCCAUCAUGCGAUGUGAGGACUUCAAAAGCAAUUUUGCUAGAAGACUUUCUAAUCGUUACAUCUCCAGAUCACCACGCUCGAGCUCAAGGCCCGAGACAAAAAAUGCAGAAGCAAACCCUAAUAAUGUUCCAGAAAGUAUUGAGCCUAGUACUCAACUUUCCAAACAAGUCGACAAGGAGCAAACAUUGGAAGUAAACAAGUCUGGGGACAAAGCACCGCCGCCGGCGAGCCACUCCGCCAUGCGGCUCACCGAGGUCACGGCGCUGCACAUGGAGGUGGACACCCUGCGGUGGCAGCUGGCGCAGACCGAAGCGAAUCGACAAAUGCACAUAGCUUUACUCAACCAAAUAGUUACUUUCCUCAAUAGAGUGAAAUACCAUAUUGAAUGUCAUAAGACCGACUUCAAUGAAUCCAGUGAAAACAUGAAAUAUAUUUCCAAAGAGAGGGCACUACCGAGAUCGUUUAAUGCAGCAGAUAUACCACGCUCUCGGUCAGUUGUACACGUCAACAAACAUGUGGAGUAUUCUUUGCGACCCGCUAAGAAACUUGGGACAAGGAAGAUCAGCAAGUCAAUAAGUAAUGUCAAUGGAUAUAAAGACUGCAACACCACGUGGAACCAAUCCAAAUUAUCACUGACAUCAGAGAGUGGUAAUCCCCAAAAAAUCACGGAAGAAAUCUCGCGGCUCAUUACUCUUGCCAAUACCGUACUAAGUACUAAGCUGCCCGAUCUCGCCUGUAACGAUGUUCAAAAUAACUCCAAUGACAAAAUAUUCGUCAGUAAUGAUAAAAACGAAUCGAUGAAUUCCAACACCACCACAAUGGAUCUAAUAACACAAAAUGUAUCUACAAAAUCAUUUUUAAUAAAAUCUAUUUGCAAAAAUUCGGAUCUAUAUGAAGACUUACCUAGUUCGCUGGUAGAUGCAGAAGACGAUGAUAUUAAAGAAUUCAUAAUGCCAUUAUCAACGCUAAAUUGUGACAUCGGAAACGAAUUCGCAAAGUUAAAUAUUUCAAAAGAAAAACAGGACCAUAUUUUUGAAGAAAAAUCUAAAACGAAAAAUAGUAAAUCUUUUGUGUGCAGCAAGAAACUAGAUUAUAACCAUGCUGUAAGUAAAUUUACGGAAGACGAAAGCGGUUUUUCAUCAAUGAGUUCAUUUCAAGAAAUUGGCAUUCCAAUAAUAAGCAUAAUACCUCCAUCACCAUGCAAGGAAAUGGGAUACGUUGAUGAUAUCCCCGAAGUCGUAGAAGAAACAGGAAAGUGGAAAAAUGAAAUUGAACUAAAUAAACAAACUGUGCAAGUGUUUUGGGUGUAACGAUUGAACGUAAAAAUCUUUUAUUUAUUAGCCGUGUAAGUACUCAGGGUAGGUUAGACUGGGGGGGACAAUUGAAACAAUGUAUGUUUGAUGGCCUGUAACUAUUUCAUUUUGACAGUUAGAAAGGUAUGCGCCUAUAUUACCAAACCUUAUCUAUUUAGUUCCUAAAUAAAGUUUGUUUGAAAGCCCUACCGCACGUGGUUAUGUAAUGAUAGGGAAUUAAAGAGAAUGUGGGGGAGUGGUCCAAUUGACCCCAUAGGUAUGUUAAUUGACACACUAUGUGAGGACCAGAGGCCGGAAUUCUCGUGGCAUUUUAAUAAAUCAUAAAUCAUUUAUUUUGUGAUAAACUUACAUACUCGCAUUACAAGGAAAAUUAAAAAAACAUAUUUGCAGUGUUUACCACGAAAUGGGCUCGCCUCAGCAUAAUGCCUACCCAAGUGUCGGCGCUGAUCUUCCGGCGAGUCCAUUUGUGGGCCACGAUCGCAGCUGUACGGCACGGCCUCGUAAAAUUUAACGCAACCAGUUGCGGCGACUGACAGCGCCGUCGGAGCUACGGGUAUGACAGAUAACCUAAAAAAGACCUUGCCGUACAGGGUGCUGAAUAUAACAAUUAAGAAUAUUGCAAUUUUAAGCAUGAAACACAUGAAAUAACCAAGAAAACAUUACCAAUAUUCGGAUACAAACAUACAACAUAUAUAAAUAAGCGAUUAACAUGUACAAAAGUUACCAAUCACACAUUUUCGAACUGUCAUAGAGACUUCUCAUUUAUCGACUUCCGAUAUACGUAUAUCGAUACAAUGUAGAACACACCAUAUUAAAGAAGAUUAAAAGAAGUAAACAACCAGCGAUUUUAUCGCUAAAGAGCAAUAUUUUCCAGAUAACUUUUGAGUAGUUGAAAAUGAAAAAUAGAGAUAUGCAAUAAAAACAAUUCAGUUCAGUUUUUUUUUCAAUUUCAUGUUCAGUCUGUUUUAGUAUUUGUUUACAAGUAUUCCAUUCGUUUCUUUAAAAAAUACAUAUUUAGUCAUAUUUUUCCAUAUGAUAAUUUAUCUGGUUAAAUUACUUCUUUUAUAGUCAAAUAUCCAUUAGCUAUUAACUUUUUAAUAUGUUGUAUUCUACAUUAUAUCGAUAUAAUUAUGUAUAUCGGAAGUCAAUAAAUGAGGUCUCUAUGAAAGUACAAAAAUGCCACGGUAAUUCCGGCCUCUGGUGAGGACUUUUGAAACAAUAUAAUAUUUUCGGCAAAAUGCUAUUUUUUAUUAUUUCUUAUCUAUUUUUAAUAAAACGCUCACUGUAUACCCAGUAUACCACGAGAUCAAGUUCGCAAACAUAUUCUUAAAAAAAAUACAAAUUAUCAGCAUCUGACAACUUGAUUAAUGAAUGUAUACGAAAAUAUAAUUGUGAGACUUCUAAACUUCUUUGUUGCGAUUACCGUAUACAUAUAGCUUAAUCAAACUAGUUUUAAUGCAACAAUAUGAUAUUACGAUGAAGAAUUUUAACAGAAAUACAUACGUCUUGUGUUUCAUAUUAAAGCUUGUUUAAAUUAUAACAAUGUUUCAAUUAUAACCACAACAAAUAUAUAAACAAAAAACGAAAUAGUAUGCGAACACAGGUACUUGACUUUAUACCGCGAAAUCCUCUUAUUUAAUAUACUCUUUAUUGCACACUUCAUUAGAAGAAAACAAUACAAUAGAAAACAGCAAAACUAGCAGAGGUAAACAACUGGCGGUCUUAUCGCUAAAAAGCGAUCUCUUCCAGACAACCUUUAGGUAGCGGAAAUUAAUAAA